AUGGCACUCCUCACCCUUUGUUUCGUCGUGGUGCAUGCUAUCCUCACUGGUGCGAAGGGAUUGCCUAACGGUACCUAUUCGUCAGAUACUGCAGUAGUCCUCUUCUUUGAGGUUUCUGUCUAUCUUGAAAGCUUUACUCAAGGCACUUUCGACUUGUCUGGUAUUCCGGAUCCCGAAUAUGGUCAUUUGCUUGAUGUUAGAGAGGUGAAAUUCAAGUUCAACGGCACCCACCUAAUCCCCAAUCCUCAUGAUACGGAUAUGAACGAGUUCUUCCGAAAGUAUAAACUACCCUCUCAGCAAUGGUCUGCCCUUCAAUAUGAUGAGUCAGCUGAUGCGAUACAUGUCAACUGGAAUGGUACAACCUUUGUUUGUGAGAAAGACUCCUCCGAAGAUGAAAAAAGAGAGCUGGCCCAAGACGAUACAGCCAAUGGUGAACGGAGGCUCGGAGAGAG